CCGCCGUCAGGCUCCGCCCCCCUGGAACGCAGUGGGCCAAUCGGGUUACAGCAUUGGUCGGCUGCCUCAGAGGCAGAGGCGGAGGCGGGUGGCGUUCUGUGGGCGUCCGCAGGCUUCCAAAGUCCAACGUAUAAAGCUGGUAAAAGCAGAGCAGAUCUGGUCAGGUCUGAGACGCUGAGUCCAGAGCAAUGUUGCUGAAGACAGUGGUCUUGCUGGUCCUGGUGGCCCAGGUGCUGAUGCUAGAGAAUGGGCUUCUGCAGAAGCCACCCAUGGGCUGGCUGGCCUGGGAACGCUUUCGCUGCAACACCAACUGUGACGAGGACCCAAAGAACUGCAUCAGUGAGCGGCUCUUCAUGGAGAUGGCCGACCACCUGGCACAGGAUGGAUGGCGGGACCUAGGCUACACAUACCUUAACAUCGACGACUGCUGGAUUGGUGGGCGUGACGCUAAAGGCCGCCUGGUGCCCGACCCCAAGCGCUUCCCCAACGGCAUUGCCUUCCUGGCUGACUAUGCUCACUCCCUGGGCCUGAAGCUGGGCAUCUACGGGGACAUGGGCAACUUCACCUGUAUGGGCUACCCAGGCACCACGCUAGACAAGGUGAUUCAGGACGCUCAAACCUUUGCCGAGUGGAAGGUGGACAUGCUGAAGUUGGAUGGCUGCUUUUCGACCCCUGAGGAACGGGCCAAGGGGUACCCCAAGAUGGCAGCUGCCCUGAAUGCCACAGGCCGCCCCAUUGCCUUCUCCUGCAGUUGGCCAGCCUAUGAAGGGGGCCUUCCCCCAAAGGUGAACUACACUCUGCUGGCAGAAAUCUGCAACCUCUGGCGCAACUAUGAUGACAUCCAGGACUCCUGGAGUAGCGUGCUCUCCAUCCUGAACUGGUUUGUGGACAACCAGGACAUCCUGCAGCCGGUGGCAGGCCCUGGGCACUGGAACGACCCAGACAUGCUGCUCAUAGGGAACUUUGGCCUCAGCUUUGAGCAAGCCCGGGCCCAGAUGGCCCUAUGGACGGUGCUGGCAGCCCCCCUCUUCAUGUCCACCGACCUGCGUACCAUCUCUGCCCAGAACAUGGACAUUCUGCAGAAUCCACUCAUGAUCAAAAUCAACCAGGAUCCCUUGGGCAUCCAGGGACGCAGGAUUCUCAAGGAGAAAUCCCACAUUGAAGUGUUCAUGCGGCCCCUGGCCAACGAGGCCAGCGCCUUAGUCUUCUUCAGCCGCCGGACAGAUAUGCCUUAUCACUACCACACCUCCCUCGCCCAGCUGAACUUUGACAACUCCAGCACGUAUGAGGCCCAGAACGUCUACACGGGUGAUGUCAUCAGUGGCCUCCACUCUAAAACCAACUUCACAGUGAUCAUCAACCCCUCAGGGGUGGUGAUGUGGUACCUAUAUCCCAUCAGGAAGCUGGGGACGCCCCAGCACUGAGGAGCUGAGACAUGUGACAGGCUGUGGCGGCGCUGCUGAGCCCAGACUGUGGAGCCUCCACAUGCCGAGGCCAGCAGGCAGGGUUCUCUGAUACCCAGGCCCACUCGGUGACCCACGUCAGACCCAAAGUGCAAUCUCAGGGCCAGGGUCCAUGCCCUGCCCAAGUGUGAACCUUCUUGGAAACUCGUCUUGGGGCGAUUUCCCGUGGCAUUCCUGGCUUCUACCUUGUCUGCGCAGCCCCACAGAUGUUACUGAACAACUCAGCCAGCCUCCUGAGCCCCCAAAAGCAGGGGGACUGAUACCCUCCGACCUUUUUGUUCACUCUGAAACCAGGAUUUGGAAUUUUUCUUAUGAUUAGGAGUGGAGAUCUGACCUCUUGUCAGGAACUCCCAUGAAUCGUGUGAUUGGUUUUCCUGCCUGGAGAAGGCCUUGCAGGCUGACACCACCUAGGUAACCUUGGUUCCGUCAGGUUACCAAUAAAGCUGUUCUUUAAUCGAGUAGUUGCAAUAUGGACCUGGGGCCACGGGCACCUUCAGUGAGGGACUCUGGGUGGCAGCACACAGGGUGCUGGUUUCAAAUCUCACCUCACAUGGAAGGUGUGUGGCAUCUUCUGGCUCCUCAUUUUCCAAAGUGACCCGCAGACUGUACUUCCUAGACCUGCCAGACUUGCCUCUCACCAGGGAGCCAUCCUGCUCUGCCCAACACAGUGGUCGUGAUGACACAGCGAAGCAGAGUAGCAAUGUUCCCAGGCCCUUUGUCUUGUGCACGCCUUCCCCACCCCAUUCGGACUCACUCCUCGGCCCUCCUGCCGCAAGAAGACCCUGAUCUGCUAAGGAUUUUGUGUUAUUGCUUCAGGCACCUGUCAGCUCAUGUCCCCCUUUCUGACAGGGCUUCAUUCGGUGGUGCCCCGGAGUGGGGUGCCAGUGAGGGGGUCAGCUAGCUUCCUCCCACAGGGCCACGGCAGCUGGCCCUCUGCCUGGCAGUGCCCCAGCCCCUCCCUCGGCCUCUCUUGUCCUAACCUGGCUUCAGAGGAGGUUCAGAUCCCCAGCUGCGUCCAAAGACAAGUCGAGGGGCUCUUUGUGUCUUAAAAUAUAUUUCCUUCUCCUCCUCCUUGGGAAAGGAAAAGAAUGGCAGGUUCUUGACUGCCUUCCUUUGGUUCCUGUUUCCCAAGCCCUAUUCAUUUCGCUAAGGCCACAGGGCGCCUGUGGUCCCUGGUGGCUCUUGUCCCCACUUGGAAAGCUGGCAGCAGAGCAGGCAGGUAGGGUUCCCUUGGGCUUUGAAUGUGGGAGCACCCAGUGCCCCAGGCCUUCACUAUCCUGCCCUGUGGGAACUCUUCUGGGUAGAUCUCCCAUGCUCCCUCCCUCAGGGUUUGAGUUCCUUUAUAGGAAUAUGGUAUAAAGGUUUUACAAGUGCAUAUUUUACAGUGUCAUUUAAGAUUACUGGGGCUUCACUGACUGAGUCUGGGGUCAUCAGGGAGUGCUCCCUUUGCCCAGCUGAUGUCUUAAGGCUGUGGGUCACUUAGAAGGUCAGAAACCUACCUCCUCCCUUGGAGGCCUCUGCCCUUGGAGGCCUGUCACCUCAUGCAUAAGUUCCAGCUUUGGAUCUUGACCACAGUCCUGUUCAAGCCAGAUGGAAUGGCCUCAGGUGGGGUACACUUCUUUGGCCAGUCCUAGGAAAGAAAUCUUUCCCACCACCCUGGGAUGUGGCAGGGAUGGUGGCUGAGACCAUGGACUUGGGAGUCAGGAUUAGGGAGCAGCCCGGACUUGACCUUUAUUUGCCUUCCAGACCAAGACACCGUUACGUGUCUUCACUUGUGGUAUAACUUGUCCUUUUACCCUGGGGAUGCCAGAUUGAUUCUAUCUCUUUAGCCUUCAUGCUCUCGAUAUCACACCCUGCCUAUCAUCCAGGCGUUGUUUUACUCCCUUCUACCCAAGGCCAGUUAGGAGCUCAAUUAUUUUUUCCCAGUUCAAGGCAUCCUUGUUUGGACCCAAGGGUACACCUCAUCUUUUAAGAAACAUUUUAUUACAGAAAUUUUCAAACACAAAAAUAAAAUGGUGAACCUCCAUGUACCCAUUACCCAGUUCGAACAACCAUCAACAUGUGCCGAUAUUUCAUAGCUGUCUUCCCACACAUAAUUUUUGUGAGCUGGAGUAUUUGAAAGCAAAUCAAAGAAAACUGUAAAUACCACUAUGUAGCUCUAACAGGUCUUUAAAAAUAUAUGUGACCUUAAUACAAUUUUCCUGGCCAUCAAAAUAAAGUUUUUAAUAAUC